UCGUCGUUUGACGGCCGAAAAACGAAACGAUUAAAAUAAAUUUUUGGUGUAUUUCAUAAUUCCCUACACAAUAUCUUAUCUGGACAGUGUAAUUCUGAGCGCUAGAAUAGGGUACGUGUACUUGGUGUACAAUACAACUUGCAAGAUGAGUCGUCUGCAUGACACCACUGAGCCAGCUGUUGUCAGCGAGGAUAUGCUGGUUUUUGCAGUGGAAAGCCAAGGCCCUAAGGGCAUGGCUGGAAGGAUUGCUAAAGAAGAAGGAGUAAACUUUUCACAUGUCAAGUCACUACGACUGGAUUAUAGAAAUAUUCUCCGAAUUGAUAAUGUGUGGCGGUUUACAAACCUCACCAAACUUCAGCUGGACAACAAUAUCAUUGCUAAGAUUGAAGGCCUCGACAUGCUUGUAAAUCUUGUGUGGCUAGAUUUAUCUUUUAACAACAUUGAAAAAAUUGAGGGCCUGGAUACUCUGGUGAAAUUGGAAGACUUGAGUCUUUUUAAUAACAGGAUCAGUCUUCUUGAAAACAUGGAAACGCUGACGAACUUACACAUUGUCUCCUUGGGCAACAAUGAUUUUAACGACUUGAAUUCUCUACUAUACCUCAGGCAGUUCAAGAAAUUAAAGACAGUCUGCAUUAGUGGCAAUCCUAUGUGCAUGAAUGAGGACUACAAACUCUUCACUACAGCUCACCUGCCAAAUCUAGACUACAUUGAUUACCGAGCUAUCACCACUGAAAUGAGAACGCAAGCCAACGAGAAGUACCGAGAUAUAGUGGAAGAGCUAAUUGCAGAAGAGCUGUCAGAGAGUAGAAAACAAGAAGAGGCACUCAUUAGACGUCAACAGGAAACACUUCACAAGGCUGCAUUUGUAGAUCUUUUGGAUGGAUCAGGUUUGUUUGACAGUAUGUAUGAAAGCGAUCCUGAUGGCAAUCGACUCCAGGAGAUACCUGAAAUCAAGGAGCUGGUUGACUCUUUCAGAGAACAGUUUGUUGAACAGUGUCAUCAAAUAUUUGAGUUUGGAAUCAAGGAGCACAACAGGCGACAAGAGGAGACUGAUCAGUUCUUGGAAUGCUUGGAAGAAGCCAAGACAGAGAAUAGACACCUGUGUGUUCAGCAAGUGAAGACGUUUCUAACUUAUAAGAAAACGGUGUUUCCGAUCAUGCUGCAAACCCAGGACGUAGAUGAGCUUGACAGUCUGAUGGAAGCUUACAAUGAAAAACUAUCGAAAAUAUCUAGUUGUCUGACAGGACUUGAACUCCAGCUAGUCGACCAGUUAGAGGAGACCAUUAAAGAGUUUGAACGCAACAUAUCAGACAUGAUCACGGCAUACGUCGAACAAGUGCAGGCGAUGUUUGCUCAGUGCAGAGAGUUGGAGAACAUGCACAACGAAAAGCUUGUGGAACAGUGCGCUGCAGUGCUGGAUAAGGUCAUUCACAACAGCCCUGAAGUAGAAGCACUAACCGAAGACCUCAGACUGCUGUUCGUCGACAAGGAUUCUAUGAAUAAUGCCAUUAGUUCAUCCCAUGAGAAUCACAUCCACGAGAUUGACACCAAAGAAGAUUGCAUGAUAACUGGUGUCAAUGACUGGGUUGCUGCGUUUAUCGGAAGGGUGCAUGAGGAAGAAGAAGUAAAGCGGAAUAGACACCGAAUAAUGGAGAUCAACCACUUCAUUGACUACCAGACAGAGGAGCUUGACAAUCUAGAACUAGAGGAAGCACCAGUAGAUCAGUGAAUGGCUAACCCCAACUUACAGUGAGUGACUGCUUCAUUUACUGCCAUAACCUCCAAGCACGAUCUCUUUACAGACUAUAGUGAUAUGUUUGGUUUACUGUAAUGUAUUGCAACGUCGUAAUGCAAUGAUGACACAUGUGAGUGGUGGUUUAUAUGCGUCUAUGAGAUUUCAACGUCGGUAGUUCCACUUACUCUGUGAUUUCAAUCGAGGCUUCUUUACUUUUAUGUCAACGUAAGUAGUAACGAUACAUCUACCGUGAUGGAACAUCAGUAAUGGUUCCUCUACUGUUAUGCCAACGUAAGUAAUAACUGUUGCUCCAAUGUGAUGAUGCUUUGUCACUGAUACUGCCAUAGUGUAUAAAAGACAUGCCAUUGGCAGGCGACACAGAAAUGAAAACAUUGUCACCAGAGUAGACAGGAUUCCCGUAAUAGCUCACCAACUGUGGUAACAGAAGACAGGUAGAAUACAUUGAUAAUGGACAUGUAGCGUGAUUUUAGCCAUUGUGUUGUUGUUCCAAGAAAUAUAUUCAUGAUUCACAGGAAUAGAACGCAGAGCGUGCACACAAUAUUAAGUAUAGUGUGCGAUGGAAGUAUAUGAAAGGUUUAUUAUAUUGGAUAUAAUUUUGUAGAAACAUUUUGCAGUUAACAUUUUAUAGUAUGUGAAUGUGAGUGCGCCGAGUAACCACCCGAAAUAAUAUCCUGUAUAUUUAUUUAUACCCUGUAUUGCAUUUUAUUUAAUCAUUAUGAUAGUCACUUCUGCCAAAUGCAGAUCUAUGGAAUAUAUCUUAGUAAAUAAUAAAGCAGGUUUUAUUCAUUCCUGUUAAAAAGGCUUUCGAAUUUCUUGCGUAGUCCAUACACGUGUAUUGGCCUACUACUCCAUUA